AUGUCAGAAGAUCGUCCAGUUAUAAGGUCUAGAGCUCCAUCGAGAUUGGACUUAUUUGCCACUAAUUUAAAACAAGAUAUUAGAGCACACCAAAGAACUUACGAAGGUGCAUAUACUCGAACGGCAGUAGGAUGUUUCGCCUUUUCCAUACUAAUAAUUAAGUUGUUUUCCAAAGAGUUUUUACCUAUUGGAACAAUAUAUACUAUAUAUGGAUGUUUGCUAUACUUUCUUGGUGUAUUCAAGGCAGCUCGAGUAGAUAGGUAUUAUAAUCCAGAUAAAGACAUUGAGAUGUUUACGACGAGUGGUGAUUUUGUGGUCUUUUUAACAAUCCUCAGCUUGUCAUGUUAUAUAGCACUAUUAGUGUUGAUAUUAAAAAUGUAG